AUGGACGCCGAGAUUAAAGCUAAGGCCGAGGCGGCGGUGCCCAAAUUCAAGCUUCUCAAGGUUCUCAACCAAGACCAAGCAGGCCGUCGCGUAGCUCUCCACGGCACAAUCGACGACCAACCCGCCGUCAUGGUCGUCGAGCGAGCCACGUUCCCCUCAUCAGAGGUGUAUCUCGCCGGCCUGCCCUCGUCGCUCUCGCGGCUGCGGAAUCUAGGCGCCAACGACAUUUACGCGUGGAGCAUGGCCAGGACAGGGCCUGUGGAAAACGAGGUCAAGCCCGAUGGCGACAACGGACACGAGAAUGGCGUCGACUUCUUUGCCGACUUGAAGAUCAACUUGAUUUAUCCUUGUACAGAGGCGCACGUCAAAAAGUACAGCAAGCAGGGCGUGCGAUUCGUCACGGAGACACCCGAGAUUUACAAGAAUCACAUCCGGCCGUUUAUGCAGCAAAAGAGGGAGCAAGGGAGACUAAACUGGGUAUUCAACAUUAUCGAGGGCAGGACCGAAGUGGAAGACGUAAUCUACAGAACCAAGCUCGGCGAGGCCGGCGACGAAGGCUUCCUCCUGCUGCCGGACCUCAACUGGGACCGCAAGACGCUCGAGGGCUUGCACCUGCUGGCGCUGGUGGAGCGGCGGGACAUUUGGUCGCUGCGGGAUCUCAAGAAGAAGCACAUUCCCUGGUUGGAGCACAUCAAGGCCAAGGUCACCAGCGCCACGACCCAGACGUACCCGAGCAUCGAGGAGAACCAGCUGAAGCUCUAUGUUCACUAUCAACCGACCUAUUACCACUUUCAUAUACACAUUGUUCAUGUCGCAGACAUUAAAGGUGAUGGGGGGAGACGACGAGACGGGCAUGGAUGCGCUGUCGAUGAGCUACACGUUGGGCGAGGCGAGCGAGUUGUGGACGGAUAUCUAUGA